UCAGACGUGUUCGAGAACUUUGUGAUCGGUUGUGGUGAAAAGAAUGACGGCAGAUUCUCUGGUACAGCCGGUUUGCUAGGACUAGGCCGCUCCCCUGUAGCAUUACCAUCACAAACUUCCUCAACAUACAAAAACCUCUUCUCUUAUUGCUUACCAGCAUCUUCAAGCUCGACUGGUCACCUCAGCUUCGGUGGUGGAGUCUCACAAGCUGCAAAAUUCACUCCAAUAACCACAAAAAUUCCGGAAUUGUACGGCCUAGACGUUUCUGGAAUUAGUGUUGGAGGUCGCAAACUACUAAUAGAUCCAUCAGUUUUUAGAACCUCUGGAACGAUAAUUGACUCUGGCACAACACUGACAUUUCUGCCAUCCACAGCACACUCUGCUCUCAGCUCGGCUUUUCAAGAAAUGAUGACAAACUAUACUUUGACAAAUGGAACAUCCGGUUUGCAACCAUGCUAUGAUUUCAGCAAGAAUGCCAACGACAAUAUUCCAUUACCUCAGAUUAGUAUCUUCUUCGAAGGUGGGGUUGAAGUGGAUAUUGAUGAUUCGGGGAUCUUGAUCUCUGUGAAUGGUGGUCUGGAAGAGAUGUGUUUAGCAUUCAUAGAUAAUGGUAAUGACAAAGAUUUAGCAAUUUUUGGAAAUCUUCAACAGAAGACAUACGAGGUGGUCUAUGAUGUUGCUAAGGGAAUGGUUGGAUUUGCUCCGAGUGGUUGUUAGCUCAAGUUAUUGAGAAAAGUGAAUCUAGAGCAAUUAGUCACUAUCUUUGUGGUUUGCAUUGUAAAGUGUCACCUAUGGCCUCUAUUUUUCCCAAAAUAUUGAAGGCAUCUUAUAUAACAUGUAUCCAUUGAGGCUAUUAUAUAUUCUCAACAAAUAGAUACUUAAUUAUACUUAGAGAAAGCAUUAAAAAA